UGAAGAAAAGGAAAACAAAAUACAUUUCUCUACCUUAAGACACAGUCAUAGAUACAGAGGGUUUUCAGAACCACCCCAAAGAAGAUGUUUAAAUCGCUGACAAAAGUCAACAAGGUGAAGCCUAUAGGAGAGAAUAAUGAGAAUGAACAAAGUUCUCAUCAGAAUAAACAAGGCUCUCAGCCAAGUAAUCAGCCUCAGGAAACCACAAGACAGGAAGAAAACAAAAGUGAAGAGAAAUCUCUCAAAACCAAGUCGACUCCAGACACGUCUGAAGAGCCACACACCAACAUACAAGACAAACUCUCCAAGAAAAAUUCCUCUGGAAAUCUGACAACAAACCCUGACCCUAAAAAUGCAGCAGAACCAACCAGAACAAUGCCGGAGGAGAAGGAAGUGGACCCUGAGAAAGAAGGUCCAAACAGCCCACAAAACAAACCGCCUGAACCUCCUGUUAUAAAUGAGUAUGCUGAUGCUCAACUACACAACCUAGUGAAAAGAAUGCGUCAAAGAACAGCCAUCUACAAGAGAAAGUUGGUAGAGGGAGAUCUCUCCUCACCUGAAGCCAGCCCCAAGACUGCAAAGCCUACAGCUGUACUACCAGUAAAAGAAAGUGAUAAGCCAACAGAAGAACAUUACUACAGGCUGUUAUGCUUCAAAGUCAAGAAGAUGCCUUUAACAGAGUACUUAAAGCAACUUAAACUUCCAGAAAGCAUAGAUUCAUACACAGAUCGACUCUAUCUCCUGUGGCUCUUGCUUGUCACCCUUGCCUAUAACUGGAACUGCUGGUUUAUACCACUGCGCCUCGUCUUCCCAUAUCAAACUCCGGACAACAUACACUACUGGCUUAUUGUGGACAUCAUAUGUGACAUCAUCUACCUUUAUGAUAUACUAUUAAUCCAGCCCAGAAUCCAGUUUAUAAGAGGAGGAGACAUAAUAGUGGAUUCAAAUGAGCUAAGGAAACACUACAGGAGUUCUACAAAAUUUCAGUUGGAUGUUGCAUCAAUAAUACCAUUUGAUGUUUGCUACCUCUUCUUUGGGUUUAAUCCAAUAUUUAGAGCAAAUAGGAUGUUAAAGUACACUUCAUUUUUUGAGUUUAAUCAUCACCUAGAGUCUAGAAUGGACAAAGCAUAUAUCUACAGAGUUAUUCGAACAACUGGAUACCUGCUGUUUAUUCUGCACGUUAAUGCCUGUGUUUAUUACUGGGCUUCAAACUAUGAAGGAAUUGGCUCUACUAGAUGGGUGUAUGAUGGGGAAGGAAACAAGUAUCUGAGAUGUUAUUAUUGGGCAGUUCGAACUUUAAUUACCAUUGGUGGCCUUCCAGAACCACAAACUUUAUUUGAAAUUGUUUUUCAACUCUUGAAUUUUUUUUCUGGAGUUUUUGUAUUCUCCAGUUUAAUUGGUCAGAUGAGAGAUGUGAUCGGGGCAGCUACAGCCAAUCAGAACUACUUCCGCGCCUGCAUGGAUGAUACUAUUGCCUACAUGAACAAUUACUCCAUUCCUAAACUUGUGCAAAAGCGAGUUCGGACUUGGUAUGAAUAUACAUGGGCCUCUCAACGAAUGCUAGAUGAGUCCGAUUUGCUUAAGACCCUGCCAACUACAGUCCAGUUAGCCCUCGCCAUUGAUGUGAACUACAGCAUCAUCAGCAAAGUUGACUUGUUCAAGGGUUGUGAUACACAGAUGAUUUAUGACAUGUUACUAAGAUUGAAAUCCAUUCUCUAUUUGCCUGGUGACUUUGUCUGCAAAAAGGGUGAAAUUGGCAAGGAGAUGUAUAUCAUCAAGCAUGGAGAAGUCCAAGUCCUUGGAGGCCCUGAUGGUACUAAAGUUCUGGUUACUCUGAAGGCUGGGUCAGUGUUUGGAGAAAUCAGCCUUCUAGCAGCAGGAGGAGGAAACCGUCGAACAGCCAAUGUUGUGGCCCAUGGGUUUGCCAAUCUUUUAACUCUAGACAAAAAGACUCUUCAAGAAAUUCUAGUGCAUUAUCCAGAUUCUGAAAGGAUCCUCAUGAAGAAAGCCAGAGUGCUUUUAAAGCAGAAGGCUAAGGCUGCAGAAGCAACCCCUCCAAGAAAAAAUCUUGCCUUCCUCUUCCCACCAAAAGAAGAGACACCCAAACUGUUUAAAACUCUCCUAGGAGGCACAGGAAAAGCAAGUCUUGCAAGACUACUCAAAUUGAAGCGAGAACAAACAGCUCAGGAAAAAGAAAAUUCUGAAGGAAGAGAGGAAAAAGAAAAUGAAGAUAAACAAAAAGAAAAUGAAGAUAAACGAAAAGAAAAUGAAGAUAAAGGAAAAGAAAAUGAAGAUAAAGGAAGAGAGCCAGCAGAGAAGCCACUGGACAGGCCUGAAUGUACAGCAAGUCCUGUUGCAGUGGGGGAAGAGCCCCAGUCAGUGAGAACGACAGUUUUACCCAGAGGAACUUCCCGUCAAUCACUCAUCAUCAGCAUGGCUCCUUCUGCUGAGGGCGGAGAAGAGGUUCUUACUAUUGAAGUCAAAGAAAAGGCUAAGCAAUAAAUGUUUUAUUAUCUUUAGAUGUGAUAUAGCUAGUUCCCGAAGAGAUUUUACCUAGGAUUGUAACUUCAAUUAAUGAGGGGAAACGACCUUGCUGGGACCCU